AAAUAGAGCAGUGAUGUUGAUGCGUUUCGGCGGCAGUCUGCUCUGCCGGGGAGCCAUGAGACAUCCUCAAAUACCUGCUAAACAGCGGCUCAGUCAGUUGCUUUUUCUACAACCUAAGACGAGGACUUGUUCCACAGUACAGAAUGUACAGUCUGCAAAAAGCAGAAGUGUAGGUCUAUGGCUAGCUGGAUGCAGUGGCAUGGUAGCAGGUGCCGUGCUCCUGGGAGGAAUCACUCGACUGACAGAGAGUGGACUCUCAAUGGUCAAUUGGUCACUCAUCAAGGAGAUGAAACCACCUUCUAACCAGCAAGAAUGGGAGGAGGAGUUUUCAAGAUACCAACAGUCCCCAGAGUUCCAAGCACUGCAUUCCCAUUUCACCCUGGAAGACUUCAAACGUAUCUUCUACAUGGAGUGGGCACAUCGCAUGUGGGGGAGAGCCAUUGGCCUGGCCUAUUUCAUUCCACUGGCAUAUUUUGUGGCAAGAGGCAAAAUAGCCAAAACAGAUUAUAAGCGACAUGGAGCCUUCUGUUGCCUCCUUCUGGCGCAAGGGGGCUACGGGUGGUACAUGGUUAAGAGUGGGCUGAAGAAACCAGAGAGAGACACAGAUAUGCCACGUGUUAGUCAGUACAGACUCGCAGGUCACUUAUUCCUCGCUUUCCUUCUGUACUCCGGAUUCCUCUGGACGUCAAUGAGUCACUUGAAAAGAGACCUUCUGUUUGAAUCCCACAAGAACCUAAAACGACUCCGUAUUUUGGCCCAUAUCAGUAAAGCCAUGGUUUUCAUCACAGCUAUGUCUGGUGCUUUUGUUGCCGGUUUGGACGCUGGACUUAUUUACAACUCGUUCCCUAAAAUGGGAGAUUUCUGGGUGCCGCCAGAGAUUUUGGAUUUUGACCCCAAAUGGAAGAAUUUCUUCGAGAACUCAACAACCGUCCAGUUUGACCACAGAAUUUUGGGAAUGAGCACCUUGACUAUCAUUUCUUCAACGUGGAUUAUGUCGAGAUUCACACCUCUUCCGAAAAGAGCGAAGCUUGCUGCGAGUUGUCUGAUGGCUAUGGCACUUUUCCAGGUGCACCUUGGCAUCACGACUCUCAAGAACUACGUCCCAAUAUCCACAGCCUCUAUGCACCAGUGUGGAUCUCUGGUCGCUCUAUCUCUCGCACUCUGGCUCUCUCAUGAGUUGAAAGGCAUCAAACGUGUCGCGCGCAAGAUCAAAUAAAUUCAAAUUCUGCUAAAAUGUCUUUCGAACUAUUGAGUAGUGGAAGCUGCGUUGAUGUUUCUGGUGAUGAUUUCAUGAUUGUUUUCAAGUGUUGAUGAACUAUGAUUCAUAGUUAGUUUCGGCCGCUUCGAAAGUGGGACAACUAGAUAGUGUUUUUUAAAUGCCUCAAAAUUUUAUCUGAGUUUGAGUGAAAUAUCUGUAAUUCAGUUUCGAAAACAGA